AUGAUUUCAUCCCCGUUUUCGAGAUACACAGCUUCAUUGCAGGCUCGUGUCGAGUCGUCGGCGAUAUGGGUUUCUCUGAGGGAUGUGCUGAUCAAGAAUUGGCAUCUUGGCUUCACAGCUUUUGGUGGGCCACCAGUGCAUUUUCAAAUUUUGCAUAAAAAGUUUGUGGAUAAACAUAAAUGGAUUGAUGAACAAUUGUACCAAGAGCUGUUUGCGUUGAGCCAGGCGCUUCCAGGGCCGGCGAGCACCAAAAUGUUGUUUUGUAUAAACUAUAUUCAUGGAGGAUUUCUUGCGGGCUUUCUUGCAUUUGCUCUAUGGUGUAUUCCAGGAGCCCUAGGCAUGUUUGGUCUUUCACUGGGAGUGGCACGCAUCGGUGAGACACUACCUGCGCCGGUCUAUGCUCUUCUCUCUGGAUUGAACGCCGCAACUGUCGGUAUCAUCGCUCUGGCUGCAGUGCAACUGGGAGAGAAAGCAAUCACAGACAAACUAACUCGAUUGCUGGUAUUUCUCGGCGGAGUUGCGGGAAUGCUUUAUACCGCUCUCUGGUAUUUUCCAGUUCUCAUGUGCGGGGCAGGGAUUGCUACCUUGGUGUGGGAUUAUAAGUGGCUGCAGAAUACAUACAAACGGACCAUCAGAAGACAUCAACGAAAUCGAUCAGAAGAAGAGCCAAAUGAGGCAAUCGAUCCACCAGUACAGUUGGGUAUGUCUCAAUCAGCAGAUUUAAAUGACCCCGGCAACGCAAUCCAUCAUCGAAAUGUUGCCGCCGGUGAAGAGGACGAUAUAGCGCUCGCCAACCGUGAACCUGCAACCAUCACCGCCGUUGACAGUACCAAUCCAAUUCUAAACGUGGACUCACAGAGGGUCGUGCCACCCAACAUCGAACUAAAACUCAUUAGCUGGAAAACGGGUCUCUACGUCCUCGCGGGAUUUAUAAUCUCCUUCAUCGCAGUUAUGCUUACCAGAAGUCUACUCAAAUCUCGCCCCCGAGGCGUAUCUCUCUUUGCAAAUCUCUAUCUCGCAGGUACGAUAAUAUUCGGUGGCGGACCCGUCGUCGUUCCACUUCUGCGCGAGUACGUCGUAGCUGAAGGCUGGGUCUCUCCGCGGAAUUUUCUUCUCGGUCUGGCACUCAUUCAAUCAUUUCCUGGCCCUAAUUUCAAUUUCGCUGUUUAUCUCGGUUCGCUCGCUACUGUUGGAACCUCACUCUCACCUGCUUCAGGUGCAAUUCUGGGGUUUAUUGGGAUAUUCGCCCCGGGUCUUAUCAUCGUCACUGCAGUUAUGGGACUUUGGAAGACUUUACGCUCUCGUCGGUGGUUGUUGUCGAUUUUAAGAGGUGUAAAUGCGGGAGCUGUUGGGCUGGUUUUUACUGCGGUGUAUAAAUUGUGGCAGAUUGGGUUUGUGGAUGCGGAUCAUCAGAGUGGUAGUCCGUUGGGGAGAGAUCCUUGGUGGGUUGCUAUUACGGCGACGAGUUUUGUGGGUGGUGCUUGGUUUGGGUUGAGUGCGCCUUUUGCGAUUCUGCUUGGGGGCGUGAUGGGGUUGACUUGGUAUGGUGUGGUGAAGGCAUGA